AUGGGUGCCGACUGGCACAUGCGAUGGCUGCGGUGGCUGCUGUUACUCGCGCACCUGUGUUUACGGGGCGUUCUGACUUAUCCGUGCGAGGCGGAGAUUGCAUCAGCUUGUCCCGACAGUCCGAAAUCAGACUUGGUGGCUUGUCUCAAGGACUCAAGCCAGCACGAGACACCAACGGAGAUCUCUUCCGAGUGCACAGAUUUUAUGGCACUGAACUCUGCCUGCGCAGAUGAGAUAGAACAACUUUGCGACGAGGAGUUUUUCGCAGAGGAAACUACACCCUGCUUGAUGAGAUACCGUGCUUCGGACGAGGACAUCUCUGAGAAAUGUCAGUCGGUCAUGCGGUGGGCAUUCCCUGAAGACGAGGAUGCAGCCGAAGCAGUAACCGACGAGUUGGGCAUGUCAGAGAAGGAUCGCCAAGAAAAAGAGGAGUGGCGAGAGAAGCGUAAGAAGGAACGUGAUGCAGCUAUAGAAAGGAUGAAGAUGAAGGAGGUUGAUGCCAAGAAGGAAGCAGAACGGAGAGAGCUGGAGAAAUUCAAGGAAGAAAAUCCUCAGGCGUUUGAGGAAAUGAAGACCCAGCAGGAAGAGGAAAAAAGACAACAGGCCGAGCAAAAGAAAAGGGAGAGGCUCAUGAAGGCUGCAUGGGAGCGGAAGAAACGCAUGGAGGCAGGAGAAGAUGACGCAGAAUCAGGCCCCGCGCCUCCAACCAGGGGCCCGAGCAAAAAGCCGAAGGCGUCAGGAUCUUGGUACAGCACAAUCGCCGCUGUGAUCAUUUUGGCCGUCUUGGGCGGCAUUGGGUAUGUGGCAAUCACAGGAGGUGAUGGCACCGAAAUCGAUUCAGAGGCAUCCGCCCCGAUGCGCCGGGCAAGGUCUGCAACAUCCCGCAGAUUUGUUCUCGCAAAAUUUCUGAAAUGGACGCUGGACUACCCACUGCAGAAGGAUUCCCUGCUGCUAGAAUUGUGGAUGCUCAGGCAGAGAACGCUUUCACUGUCUGACCUGUACAGGGCCAUUGGCCAGUGCCCAAAGAGAAGGCACCAGGAAAGGAUGGAGCUAAAGGCCACGGCGUAUGGAAACAAGCCUGGGUCCGCGUUGUUUUGCCAAGCUGGACAAGCGCCAAUUUCGCCAAAUCAGGCGAACUGCGAGGCCAAGUCGAUGUGGAAACACAAUUCGAAGCGCGCAGCGCUGGGAGUAAGUGGGCAAGUGUCCGCAGUGUUCGCUUUGGGCUCUUGUGUUGUUUUCUUCUCUCACGCCAACAGUGACAUCAUUAGCCAAUUGCUGAGUGGCGGCUACAGCGCAGGAACUGUAGCCCCAGAUCUGGCACGAGCAGCGCAGCCCGCACAAGCUGUUCCUGCGCUGCCUUCCAGCACAUGGCCGUCCCAUUACACGCCGAUCAGGAGAGUCAAGUUUACCAACGUGGACGAGGUGCUCGACCUUAUGAAGCCACAGUCUGCCGCCGGCCUCCCCCUCAUCAUAGAAGGAUCUGGCAUCAUCGAGGUCGAGAAAUGGGAUGAUGUAUCCUAUGUCCAGAAGAUAUGGAACGAUCGGCAGGUCCUGGUCAAGAAGUCUCCCAACUCCAAGUUUCGAUAUUUCGACCUGAAGAAGAACACCGGCAAGUUUGAAUUUCGGCAGCCGGUGCGGGACCUUCAGGAAACUUUCACCACUUUCCUUGAGCGGGCUGGGAAGAUCCUCAACGAAGGAUCCGAUGAGCGGAUGUACCUGCAAGAGACGCUGUCCGGUCAUUCUGAGAUGGCCCAGGAAUUUGCGUCUUGGAAAUGGGAGCUGCCGAUUCGAAUCAGCCAUGCUUGUGGUUGGGGCUUGCCGGAUUCCAACGAGCUGUUCGUUGGAAUGCAGGGUGCCGAGACCCCGCUGCACUUUGAUGAGCGGGAAAACCUUUUCUUUCAGGUCAGAGGGCUGAAGGAGAUCGUGGUGUUCCCCUUUGUAGACUAUGGGAAGCUGUACCCGUUCCCGACGACUCAUCCCUGUGAUCGCCAGUCCAUGGUGGGGAGUCCCAGAGAGGCAGAUUUGAAGGCCUUCCCGAAGUUCAAAGAUGCCAGCGGGCAUUAUGCCACACUUCAGGCAGGGGACCUGCUCUACCUGCCUUACGGUUGGUGGCAUUGGCUUCGCAACCUAGACAACAUGGCCAUCUCGGUGUCGUUUUGGAGCACCACGCCGGCGGUUGACUUGUCCAAUGGAGUGCCUUCGGAGUUUUCAGACCACAUGCUAACCCGCGUCAGGCGGAACCUCGAAAGCCUGGUGGCCCAGAAGUUCGGCCCAGAAAGCCUAGAUGAGAAUAUGCUGAAGCUUCAGCGCAUCGUUCGCGACAAGCAGGACGAUCCAGUUCUCAAGUACGUCCGGGAGCUUUUGGCAGCCGUAAAGAUUCCGCUGCAGAAGCAGGACGACUUCCUGUUGGACAUCAUCGAGGGUAGGUUUGGUGUGGACUGGAACUGCUAUGUGUGA